AUGAAAGGGUUUCCUAAUUACCUUGUAGCUUUGGCACUCAUGGCUUUGGCUUGCUCCAUUGCCUCAGCCUAUGACCCUGCUCCUCUGCAAGACUUUUGUGUUGCAGUUAACUCUUCCACUCAAGCUGUAUUUGUGAAUGGAAAGUUCUGCAAGGACCCGAAGCUUGUCAUUGCCAAUGAUUUUUUGUUUCGGGGGCUAAACGUUCCGAGGGACAGAAUACUUGGACUCAACACACUAGGGAUAUCCUUAGCUCGCUUAGACUUUGCAUCAUACGGCGUAAAUCCGCCCCACACUCACCCUCAUGCCACCGAGAUUCUAGUAGUUGUAGAGGGUACUCUGUACGUUGGUUUUGUCACAUCCAACCCAAAGAACCGCCUCUUUACCAAAGUUCUAAACGCAGGAGAUGUCUUUGUCUUUCCAAUUGGUCUCAUUCACUUCCAAUUUAAUGUAAGAAAGACUAAUGCUGUUGCUUUUGCUGGCCUCGGCAGCCAGAAUCCAGGUCUCAUCACUAUAGCAAAAGCUGUCUUUGGAUCCAACCCACUUAUCAAUCUAGAUGUUCUCAGUAAGGCCUUCCAAGUGGACAAGGAUGUUAUUAAAUAUCUUGAGAAACAGUUCGGUUAG